CAGCUCUUAUCCGUCUUUUCAGACGACUCCAUAAACUUUCGAUGGAAUUAGUGUGCGUUCCAUCCACAGGAUUCCUGAAACCCUCCGUGUGAUUGACGACAUGAUGAAUAUACCCAUGAUUGGAUAAUUGACGGUAGGCACUCAAUUCAUCUGUGUGAAUAGUCGUCCCAGGCAGCACCAAACGCUGAUUAAUAGGCAAUAAUACACCUGCACUGCGAUUUGGAAUCGCCUCUAUAUACCCUUUUCGUAGUGUUGUGUCGUAUAUACCCAAUAUCCACUGCUGGUUGGAUUGUAAUCUCCCCCGGUUAUAUUUCCUUUUUAUCAAUACAGUUUCAUCAAUAUGUACGAUUACACCGACUCCUCCAAGAACUUGAGUCAGACUGUUCAUUUUCCACGAGGAAACAUCUCUGCAGUAAUUGUACCACUGCACUGCCGACACCUCUGAAUUUUCUGUUUCGUAAGCCGUAGCUGUAACUGGUCUUUUGAGGACCCAGAAGUUACAUAUCAUUAAGAUUUUCGUUAACGGUAGUUUAGACCUAGAGAAAAAAGUUCCUAAGGGAUCUGUAAACUAAAAAACAACGACAAACCAUCUCGAAUCGAUUUCCUCCUUCGGCACUCAAUACAUCUGUAUACAAAGCCAUCGAUGGCCUCUGCUUAUAUUUGUAUAUGCAUAACUCCUCCGCACUGGCAAAUUUUCGACAAAGCUAUGAGUCCGUUAUCCAAACAGUAAUCGAAAACAUCCAUGAUUACUUCCGAAAAUGAUACAGUCAGCUGAUUCCUUGCUCAAGGUCACUUUUUUGUUCGAAGGUCGUUUCGGUUUGGGCCGCUAUUCUUUAGAGUCACCGCGGUUUCUUUGGAAAAUGUUAGAAUACCAUCCUAUGUAGCCUUUUUUAGUAUUGCGCUUCUUGUGUAUAGACGUUUAUUUUAAAUUGCGCACUUGGAUAUGAUCCCAGAAAAAUUCUCAUGGGAGUCCUCAUAGUCAGGUUAAACCAAUUUGUGUAUAUAAAUUUGCCUAGAUAACUGUAAAUCGUCGUGUUUAUUGAAUCAUCCACUGCGCUUAUCUUCAUUUUUGGGUGACUCUCAACAGAAUCUUUUUAAGCUUCAUAUUCAGAUGAUAGGAAUAGAAGGCUCUUGUGGCCUGUGUUAGUCGUUGCAAAAUAUAUUUCUGCAGAAAUCUAACUUCUCUUUGAAAGCGUUCACCGAUGGAGCUGAUACUACUGAAUCAGUUUUCUAUAAUCAGAGAUGGACCCAGUACUAACACCAGAGAUAAUACAUAUUGGCUCACGUCAUUACAGAAAAAAUGCAUCAAAACAGUGUUUUACCCAGGCGUUUCCUACAUCUAUCAGUCAGAUUGAAGAAAUUUCAGAUGCUGAAGAGGUUGAUGUUGAUGAAACAGACCCUGAAAUCUCAGAAUUAAGCAAAAAUAUUAUAAUGGUUGAAAAUGGAUACACUACAACAAUUAAUGUUCCGUCAAUGUUUCACAAAUUCAUCAUUGGUGUUCAACACUCAAAGAAAAAACUAUUAGAAGAUGAAUUUCGAUGCAACAUUGAAAUUCCAUUGUUCACUUCUAAUUCUCCAGUGAUUUCUGUGACUGGUUCUUCGAAAUUCAAUGUCUUGAGUGCUUGUCGUCGUAUUCUUUGGAUAGUAUCUGAUGCUCGUAUUCGUUGCCAACCAACUCACUUCAUAUGCUUGCCAGUCACGUGCCAAGUAGUAAAGGAAAACUUCCAGAAAUUCCGACAGUCUGUUUUGCAGGCUGCCAAAAAGUCUGCUGCUCACGAUUUUAUGGGUGUAGAUAGUUCUAUCUUUCAUUCAACAUCCACACUGCAUUUUACUCUAGUCACACUGGUUUUGGCUGACAAAUAUGAGAUCGAACAAGCUUGUGAUGCACUGGAAACAUUUUGUAAAUCUGCAAAAGGUUAUGAACUGUUUUCCCGUGGUCCUCUCAGUCUUACCCUGAGGGGUCUGGAGUACAUGAAUGAUGACCCCGAUUCUGUCCAUGUCCUGUACGCCAAGCUAACUGAAUCACCUGAUGCACAGCGACUACAAGCUGUUGCUAAUGAAUUACUGAAUGUAUUCACUGAACAAAACUUGGUAAGCAAUGGUCCAUACCGUCCAGAUAAUUCUGUGAAGCUACACAUGACUCUCUUGAAUUCUAAGUAUCGACAAGAAAGAGAUAGUCAAAAUGCAUCUUCAUCGCAUGGAUUUUCGCCUAACGCUGCUCGUAAACCGUUCAGCAUAACAGGGAUUAUGAAAGUUGCAGGGGAUUUUUCUUUUGCUGAAAAUCAAUCCUUUGAUCAACUUUAUUUGUGUGAUCGAUUAUCAUUCGAUUCUACUACUCAAUUCCAUAAAUGCUGUUGUAAAAUUGAAUUCAGUAAUGCCUGUGAUAGUGAGUGUCUAACUGAAUCACCUGAUGCACAGCGACUACAAGCUGUUGCUAAUGAAUUACUGAAUGUAUUCACUGAACAAAACUUGGUAAGCAAUGGUCCAUACCGUCCAGAUAAUUCUGUGAAGCUACACAUGACUCUCUUGAAUUCUAAGUAUCGACAAGAAAGAGAUAGUCAAAAUGCAUCUUCAUCGCAUGGAUUUUCGCCUAACGCUGCUCGUAAACCGUUCAGCAUAACAGGGAUUAUGAAAGUUGCAGGGGAUUUUUCUUUUGCUGAAAAUCAAUCCUUUGAUCAACUUUAUUUGUGUGAUCGAUUAUCAUUCGAUUCUACUACUCAAUUCCAUAAAUGCUGUUGUAAAAUUGAAUUCAGUAAUGCCUGUGAUAGUGAGUGUCUAACUGAAUCACCUGAUGCACAGCGACUACAAGCUGUUGCUAAUGAAUUACUGAAUGUAUUCACUGAACAAAACUUGGUAAGCAAUGGUCCAUACCGUCCAGAUAAUUCUGUGAAGCUACACAUGACUCUCUUGAAUUCUAAGUAUCGACAAGAAAGAGAUAGUCAAAAUGCAUCUUCAUCGCAUGGAUUUUCGCCUAACGCUGCUCGUAAACCGUUCAGCAUAACAGGGAUUAUGAAAGUUGCAGGGGAUUUUUCUUUUGCUGAAAAUCAAUCCUUUGAUCAACUUUAUUUGUGUGAUCGAUUAUCAUUCGAUUCUACUACUCAAUUCCAUAAAUGCUGUUGUAAAAUUGAAUUCAGUAAUGCCUGUGAUAGUGAGUGUGUACGUGUUGUGAAAGUAUAA